GCUUCGUGUGUUUUUUUUUUUUUUUUGCGAGGAAAGUAGGAAUCCCACGUUGUCGGACAGUUUGGAAGCACAGCGGAAGUGCGAGCAGCGGCUGGAGCAUCGAGCGGGUCAAAGCGAAACUCUUCUGCGGGGAUCAGGCUGCAGGAUGUGGGCUCGGCUGACGGUCACGGUCGGGCGCUCGGUACUCGGGCUGCGGCGGGUCGCGGGUGCUGGAUGUGCGGGGAGGACCCACCAGGAGACACGGGAUUUCAGUGUAGAGGCGGCCGUGAAGAAAACCCCACUCUUCGACUUCCACAGGUACCAUGGCGGAAAGAUGGUGGAGUUUGCAGGCUGGAGUAUGCCUGUCCAGUACAAAGACACUCACAUCGUCUCACACAUGCACACCAGGGAGCACUGCUCCAUCUUCGACGUCAGCCAUAUGCUGCAGACCAAAAUCCAUGGCAAAGACCGGAUAAAGUUCAUGGAGUCUCUGGUGGUUGCAGAUAUCGCAGAGUUGAAGGACAACCAGGGUACGCUGUCCCUCUUCACUAAUGAGAAAGGAGGAAUCAUGGACGACCUCAUAGUGACAAAGACAGACCAGGGUUACCUCUACGUGGUCUCCAACGCUGGCUGUGCCGACAAGGACUCUCUUCACAUGAAGGCCAGACUGGCAGAGUACAAGGCUGCCGGGUUAGAUGUGGACCUGGAGUUCAUUGAUGAAGCCCUGAUUGCUUUGCAAGGUCCCACCAUGGCUCAGACGCUUCAGGCGGGACUGAAGGAAGACCUCAGUAAGCUGACCUUCAUGACCUCCGCCCUGGUCACGGUGUUUGGUAUUCCUGAGUGCAGGGUGACGCGCUGCGGAUACACUGGAGAGGACGGGGUGGAGAUUUCUGUUCCUCGUUUAAGAGUGGUUGAGCUGGCAGAGAAGCUGCUUAGCAACAGUGAAGUGAAGCUGGCCGGUCUGGGAGCCAGAGACAGUCUUCGGCUGGAGGCGGGACUGUGUCUCUACGGCAACGACAUAGAUGAGACCACCACGCCUGUGGAGGCCAGUCUUGUUUGGACGAUAGGGAAGCGCCGGCGUCAGAUGAAGGAUUUUCCAGGCGCAGACAUCAUUGUCCCGCAAAUCAAAGCCAAGACGGCCAGGAAAAGAGUUGGACUGGUGUCCACCGGUCCCCCAGUGAGACAGCACACCCCCAUCCUCAGCCCCGAUGGACAGGUCAUAGGGGAAGUGACCAGCGGCUGUCCCUCUCCCUGCCUGAAAAAGAACAUCCCCAUGGGUAUCGUGGAUGCAGCUUUCUCCAAGAACGGCACAGCCCUCAAGGUUGAAAUCAGGAAGACAGUCCCGGCAGUAGUCAGCAAAUGCCCCUUUGUUCCCACAAGCUACUACUCUGGUUAGGAGAUGCACACCUUCUGCCAUUUUGUCUUAUUUACUGCUGUUUUCCCCCUGGUGUCUUACUCCAGCAAUACAAGACCAAUUUAGGAUGCAAAACUACUUUCCUGUAAGUGUGAAAACACCAACUUAAAUAUGGUUGGUGUACGGCUGUGAUCAGCCAUAUUUAAUACAGGAAAAUCAAA